AUGUCGUUAUGCGGCGGUUCCGGCCCCGCCGCUGCCCCUCGGCUGCGGCCUCGCGCCGCCCAGAUGGCGCGGCGGCCCGAGCUGCUGUGCGGCGCUGCCAUCCUGCUGGGCUGCGCCUUCCUUGUCGCCCUCAAAGUCACCUGCAGCCGAGCAAAGGAUGUAACAAUGCCAGCGAAGCUUCCAGUGAAUUUUUUCUCCACAAGAUCUCCAGUCAUUGAUCUCUUCCGGGGACAGUUAGAUUAUGCAGAUCACCUUCGUCAGGAUUCAGAAAUUGUGCUGUAUUUCUUCUAUGCACCGUGGUGUGGUCAGUCCAUUGCAGCAAGAGAAGAAGUAGAACAUGUGGCCAGCAGGUUGUCAGAUCAGGUGCUGUUUGUGGCUGUAAAUUGCUGGUGGAACCAGGGGAAAUGUAGGAAGCAGAAGCAUUUCUUCUAUUUUCCUGUGAUACACUUAUACCAUCAGAGUUUUGGACCAAUUGAAUACAAAGGCCCUAUGAGUGCUGUUUAUAUUGAAAAGUUUGUUCGCCGGGUGAUGACACCACUACUCUACAUCUCGUCUCGAUCAAAAUUACUAGAUUUCCUCUCAAAUUAUGAGCCAGGAGUUAUAGGAUAUUUUGAAUUCAAUGCUUCACCUCAACCACCUGGUUAUUUAACAUUCUUCACGUCAGCGUUACAUUCAUUGAAGAAAGAUUACCUUGGAACAAUACGCUUUGGAGUGAUCACAGAUAAACGUGUUGCAGAGGAGAUCUCCUUGCUGCAUUCAGGCAGCGUGUAUUUGCACAGACAUGUCAAUACAUCUCUUAUCUACCCAAAUGACAUAAUGAACUAUACUGCUGAGAACAUUUGCAAGUGGGCUCUAGAAAAUCGAGAGAUGCUCAUACGGUGGCUGAGACCACAUGGUGGAAAAAGCCUUCUUCUAAACAAUGAGCUGAAGAAAGGACCAGCACUUCUGAUAUUUAUACCUUACAAUCCCUUAGCAGAAAUUCAUCCUCUUUUAGAUGAAAUUACCAAAGUGGCCUUGGAAUACCACAACUGUAAUAAAAGCCAGGCAGCUGAGCCAGAUCUUCAACACGCAGGAGACACUGAUUCACCAGCUUUUGAUUUCUCUGUACCAGAUGCACAUUCGAAAUUAUCAGAAACGUUUUCCAUAACCAAGUACCCAUGUUGUAACACAGUGGUGCUUCCACAGUGGCAUUCAAUAUCUAGAACUCACAAUGUCUGUGAGCUUUGCAUUAAUCAGACACUUGGUGUCAAACCAAAUAAAGUCCAUGGGCCACACUGUAACUUUUUAGAGAUAGAAGCAGCUUUGGACUCUUUCUACCUCCAGGAACAUACCUUUUUCCAGGUUAUAUCAAAUACCAUAGAGUGCAGCAAUUUCUUAAGUUUCUAUAGUCCCUUUAGCUAUUACACUGCAUGUUGCAGGACAGUAAACAGGCAUUUUUUAAGUUUCAUUAGUUCUGAGAAUGCCAUCUUUCAGACCCCCAAAGUAGCAUUUUCUUCCCAUGGGAAGAAAGAUAACACCCAACAUUCUAUUCCUCACAUUGAGGAUAGGAAUUGUUUCAUUCCUAACCUUCAUAUUAGUGACACUAACAUUACAGGUCUGAGCUGCAGGACCAACAAAACCUUGAAUCUCUAUCUACUGGAUUCAAAUCUUUUUUGGAUAUAUGCAGAGAGACUAGGAGCAUCAAAAUCUACUCAUCUUAAGGAAUUUGCUGCCAUCGUUGACUUGAAGGAAGAAGUGCACUAUGUCCUGGAUCAAAAUCAGUCACUUGUUGGAUCUGCCCUGGAGAACUUCAUUAAAAAUUUCAGUAUUCUCUACAGUCCCUUGAAAAGGCAUCUUGUGGAUGACUCUUCAGUCCAUUUUCAUGGACAGCACGUAAUCACCGAAGUGACUACUCAUACCUUUCAUGAGACCGUGUUUUUGAGUGAAAAGAAUGUCUUGCUGCUCUAUUAUGCACCAUGGUGUGGAUUCUGUGCUUCUCUGAAUCACAUCUUUAUUCAGCUUGCUCGGCUUUUACCUCCAGAUAAUUUCAUUGUGGCAAGGAUUGAUAUCACUCGAAAUGACCUUCCAUGGGAAUUUAUGACAGAUCGUCUCCCAACCAUUUUACUUUUUCCUCACCAGAGGAAGGAGCAAAGUGUGAAGUUCCCUGAAGACUUUCCAGUUAACCUUCCUAAUCUCCUGAAAUUUAUUUUACAUCGCUCAAGUCUUUCUUCAUUGGAGCCCUGUACCAAAGAAUGCCUACAUAAGGGGACAGUUUUACAUCAAGGACACAUCUCCCACUUAGAGAGAGAAAUUCAGAAGUUAAGAUCAGAAAUCAGGGCACUUCAUCAAGCUCAUGACCAGCUUGAAGCACAGCUUUCUGAAGCUAGGAGAGAGGAACACAGACUACAGCAGCAAAAAAACACACUGGAAAAGCAGCACAAGACUCUGCAGCUUCACAGUGAGCAGUUACAGGCCACAUAUGACCAGAAGAAUCAAGAAUUAUUAGAAAUGGCUGAAAAGCUUCAGGAAUUAGCUGAUGCAUCAGAAAACCUCCUUAAAGCAAAUACUUUACUGAGAAUCCUGGUGGCAUCAAGGGAAGAAAAGCUACAAAGCAAAGAUGCAAUUAAAGAACCCCUUCUGUCACAGCAGACAAUUUCUGAAGAUCAUGAUACAUCAGUUUCAACAGCUGCUACCACAUCAGAAGAAAGGAUUGAUAAUAUUGAUACCAUAGACACAGAGCACAGUAGUGGAAACAGGACAGAAUGA